AUGAGCAGUUGGACGAAGCUGGAUGAGGAUCUUGGACGGGAGCGCGGGGACGAAGAUUUUUUAACAGAUGAUGAAGAGAACCAAGCGCACACACACAACUAUGAGCCUUCGAAUUCGGAUGCCGAAACUGAAUCUGAAAUAGGCAGACCUGCCUCACAAACCGAAUCUCGUGAUGAUGACAUUGCCAUUAGUGCAUCUGACAGUAAUGCAUGGCCUCAGAGCUACUGGCAGUCCAUGGAUAUGUACACCAAUGUCAUGACUCCUAGUUCCCUUCCCUCCUUUAUAAAACAAGGGGCGAGUUUCAGCUCCUUGCCUCCGUCCGCUAAAUGGCAACCUGAUAAUAAUUCUUCACAGCUGAUCAGUAGCAGAUUACUUGCCUCCGAAGCAAGUUUAGAAAAAGAAGGACUUGCGGUCUCAACUCCCCCAGCUCUCUCCGCAAGAAAUUCUGUCGCUGAAUUGCCACCACCGAAGGAACAUAGUUGUUCAUUUUCACAAGCUGUACUCAAUGGAAUCAAUCUCUUGUGUGGGAUGGGACUUCUUACCACACCAUAUGCAAUAAAAGAAGGAGGAUGGUUGAGCCUCAUUGUGCUUGCAUUGUUUAGUGUGAUAUGUUGCUAUACUGGAAUUUUAUUAAUGCGAUGCUUAGAAAGCUAUCCUGGACUCCGGACCUAUCCAGAUAUUGGUCAGGCUGCUUUUGGCUAUACUGGCCGUUUAUUCCUAUCUAUAAUUUUGUAUCUAGAACUAUAUGGUGCUUGUGUGGAGUUUUUGACGUUGAUGGGCGAUAACAUAGCAGCAUUAUUCCCAAACGCACACAUGGCAUUUGCAGGAAUCCAUCUUGAUAGUCAUGAAAUUUUUGUCAUCACAGCAACUCUUGUAGUUCUUCCAACUGUAUGGCUUCGAAAUCUCAGUUUGCUCUCUUACCUUUCAGUUGGAGGAGUGGCUACUACGAUUUUUGUGGCCAUUUUAAUGGUAUGGGUUGGGGCUGUGAACCAAGUUGGCUUUCAUCACAGAGGAUCCGCCUUAAACCUUUCAGGGUUACCUGUCACAGUUGGUAUAUAUGGUUUCUGCUACGCCGGUCAUUCAGUAUUCCCAAAUAUCUACACAUCCAUGAGAAAUCCAUCUCAAUUUCCAGCAGCUCUAAUGGCCAGUAUGGCAUUUUGCUUGUUCAUGUAUACUACGGUAGCAAUAUGUGGCUAUCUAAUGUUUGGAGACUCGAUCAAGUCUCAGUUCACUCUAAACAUGCCCGAAGAAUUUGUUGCUUCAAAAAUUGCAAUCUGGACAACAGUUUUGAACACAAUGACAAAGUUUGCCAUCACAAUAACGCCCGUGGCUCUGAGUGUAGAGGAACUCUUUCCGAAAGCUUUGAUGGGAUCUCAUUUUGCUUGUAUCCUCACAAGAACAGUGCUAGUCGCAUCAACAUUGGUCGUUGCAUUGAGCUUUCCAUUCUUUGGUUCGGUGAUGGCAUUGAUGGGAUCCUUACUUGCAAUGCUAGUGGCUAUCAUCUUCCCAUGCAUCUGUAAUCUCAUCCUACACAAAGGUAGAUUAACUAACUGGCAGAUUACAUCUUGCAUUCUCAUUAUAAUGGUGGGGGUGACAUGCUCUAUUAUUGGCACAUAUUCAUCAGUAACAAAAAUAGCUAACGGCGAUGUUGGAGGGAGAGGUGGUGGUGUAGUGGCGGCUGUGGACGUGGCUGGUAUGGAUGCCGGCUUAUGGUCUCCGUUUCAAGGGGAGGGUACACCGGCGACAUGGCUUGGUCGCGGUGGCAGCGACGGAGAUGAGGAGAAAGCGGCUACUUUGGUCUCCUUCUUGGCUCCUCUAGGGUUUGGGCUGGUUUGGGCCUGGGUUGGAUCAGCUAGGGUUUCUCUCUGUUGGGCGUUGGCUUUUAAGGUUGGUUGUGGGCUUUUUUCGACUGAAGCGUUUGCAGUGGAGAUGGCUAGGGAGGUAGCAGAAGGGGUGAGUUCCACUUCUGCUAUAGUACCUGCUUGA